AAACCUGAUGUGAUCUCCCCGCUGGAACAAGGGAAAGAGCCAUGGGUCUCAGAGGAAAGAGAGAUCUUGAGAGCUCCCUGCACAGCAGGUGAUGCCAUGCUUUGUGAGAAGGAGGAGCAGAAUUCUCAGCAGGAAAAUGUUGAGCAAAUCGAUAAACACAGAGAAUUAUCGCAAAAAUGGAAAAGGAAUAUAUCCAGGAGUCAUGAGCAGGGAAAAUCCUUUGCGAUUCAUUACAGACCAGAAAGAGAGCAGGGAAACCAGCCAUUGGAGAAAAUGGGUAAAUUUAUUUUCUGUCGGAGAACUCAACAGGGCCUCAAGGAAAUGGCAAUCCAGCAGGAAAUCCUCAGGAGAAAAAGGAAAAAUACAUGCAGUGAGUGUGGGAAAAGCUUCACUCAACUAUCAGCCCUUUCUAAUCAUCAGAGAAUCCACACAGGAGAGAGGCCCUAUGAAUGCCAUGAGUGUGGGAAAACCUUCAUUACCAGCUCAGCCUUUUCUAAUCAUCAGAGAAUCCACACAGGGGAGAGGCCCUACAAAUGCAGUGAGUGUGGGAAAACCUUCAUUAGGGGCUCUGCCCUUUCUAAUCAUCAGAGAAUCCACACAGGAGAGAGGCCCUAUGAAUGCCAUGAGUGUGGGAAAAGUUUCAUUACCAGCUCAGCCUUUUCUAAUCAUCAGAGAAUCCACACAGGGGAGAGGCCCUACAAAUGCAGUGAGUGUGGGAAAACCUUCAUUAGGAGCUCUGCCCUUUCUAAUCAUCAGAGAAUCCACACAGGAGAGAGGCCCUAUGAAUGCCAUGAGUGUGGGAAAAGCUUCAUUACCAGCUCAGCCUUUUCUGCUCAUCAGAGAAUCCACACAGGGGAGAGGCCCUACGAAUGCAGUGAGUGUGGGAAAACCUUCAUUAGGAGCUCUGCCCUUUCUAAUCAUCAGAGAAUCCACACAGGAGAGAGGCCCUAUGAAUGCCGUGAGUGUGGGAAAAGCUUCAUUACCAGCUCAGCCUUUUCUGCUCAUCAGAGAAUCCACACAGGGGAGAGGCCCUACGAAUGCAGUGAGUGUGGGAAAACCUUCAUUAGGAGCUCAGCCCUUUCUAAUCAUCAGAGAAUCCACACAGGCGAGAGGCCCUACGAAUGCAGUGAGUGUGGGAAAUGCUUCAUUCAAAGAUCAGGCCUUUUUCAGCAUCAGAGAAUCCACACAGGGGAGAGGCCCUAUGAAUGCAGUGAGUGUGGGGAAAGCUUCAGUCAAAGAUCAGGCCUUUUUGAGCAUCAGCGAAUCCACACAGGGGAGAGGCCCUACGAAUGCAGUGAAUGUGGGAAAAGCUUCAUUCAAAGAUCAGGCCUUUUUCACCAUCAGAGAAUCCACACAGGGGAGAGGCCCUAUGAGUGCAGUGAGUGUGGAAAAUGCGUCACUAGCAGCUCAGCCCUUUCUAAACAUCAGAGAAUCCACACAGGGGAGAGGCCCUAUGAAUGCGGUGAGUGUGGGAAAAGCUUCACUAGCAGCUCAGCCCUUUCUAAACAUCAGAGAAUCCACACAGGGGAGAGGCCCUACGAAUGCAGUGAGUGUGGGAAAAGAUUCAUUCAAAGAUCACACCUUUUUCAACAUCAGAGAAUCCACACAGGGGAGAGGCCCUACGAAUGCAGUGAGUGUGGGAAAACUUUCACUAGGAGCUCAUUCCUUUCUGAACAUCAGAGAAUCCACACAGGGGAUAGGUCCUACAAAUGCAUUGAGUGUGGGAAAAGCUUCACUCAAAGAUCAGACCUUUUCCAGCAUCAGAGAAUCCACAGAGGGGAGAGGCCCUGUCAUAAAUAUAAAGGGUAG